CUUCUUCUCACCAUCGAGUCAGCAACCUAAUCGAUCAUCGAGCUAAAGCUUUCAAGAUUACAAAACCAAAUCCUGAGAAUCCCAAUUUCCAUCUUUAAUAUAUUUUUUUAAUUUCUUUUCUUCCCCGUUUUCUUUAUGAAAUUUAAACACUGAGAAGAAAAUGCAGUCCAUUGAAAGUAUCACAGAUUCCCCAUUCACUCAAAACCCUAAUAAUUCUUCUUCUUCUCCUGUUAAUGGGUUGUAUGGGUGGCUCUCUGAAUGUCAUGGGUUUUGGCAUAACUUAGCUCUUAUUAUUCCUUCUCUUCUCUUUGUUCUCUUCCUUGGUUUUCAAGCCAAAAAAAGCUUCCAAAAGCUCUCUCAUGGCAGGUCUUAUAUCAUGAUUUCUUAUUAUGGUUGCCUUUGGCUCGUUAGCUUGCUCAAUCUUGCUUGGUGUUGUCUUCAGGCCUGGGAAUGCACUCCUGGAAAGGAAAUGGCAUGGAAUAUCUUGUCAUUAUUUACAACUUCUGGGAUGUUGUUCCUAGAAGUUAGCCUGGUGGCAUUUUUACUUCAAGGAAACUAUGCUAGUGGGUUGGAAGCUUUGACACGGACAUUUGUUGUUUCAGGGCUUAUUGUUGGUUUGGACUUACUUCUGAAGGCUAUCUACCUAUUUGGAUUUGGUGUCCCAUUGUUCAUUGACAAUACCGAGCAUCCACAUCAGGUGAAAUGGGGCCUGUGGGUUGUUCACAGGCUAGUGCUGACUGCUAUUUAUGGCUUCAUACUGUUUAUGUACCACUCCAAGUGGAGAGAAAGGUUACCUGCACGACCUGCAUUUUACAAAUACAUUGCUAUAAUGUUCAUCUUGAACGCACUAGCUCUGAUUGCUUGUGGACUAACUGGAAAUGGUGCUGGUUUUGGUUUUUGGUUGUACAGCGCCACACUUGUUUGCUACCAUGCCUUGUACCUUCCUCUUCUGUAUAUAACUUUUCUGGCAGAUUUUUUCCAGGAGGAAGACUUGCAUUUAGAGAAUGUCUACUACUCGGAGAUGAAAGACGCUGGUUUCUUUGACACUGACUGGGAGUGAGCACUUUAUCAACUUUGAGUUACAAAUUUCUCUUGUCAAUAGGCUCUGUAAAUGAAAUUAAAUGCAAUCCAGAUUGCAAUGUCUGCUAAAAGAGUUGUUUGAUCAUGUCUGCAUGUAGUAUGUAUAAAUUCUGCUAUGGCAACGAAGCCAAUAAUCUAGAAUUUGCUUUAGCCUUAAGCUUCUCCAUACCUGGCGUAAUCAGUUUGUCCUUGUUUCUGGUUCUGUCUGUAUGUAUUGAGCAACUAGGUGAUUUGAGCUCAGGUGGUUGAGAGUUUAAGUUAUAAUAGAGUUUCUAGAGUUCACGCUGUAAUACUCUCUGAUUUUAUGAAGUCAAGUGCAAAUAAAAGCAUUGUGUACA